AUAUAGUCUGUGCAUUUGUGGGAGGGAGAUAAAAUCUGCAUGUUAUGGCAAUUAAAGUAAAGGCUGUAUGUCAGUCAGUCAUUCACUCAGGAUAUUGAUUUCAGUAGAUAUUCUGCAGCUGCAGUGGGAGGUGGCUUACUUUUUUUUAACAGUGAAAAAUCUUAUUGGCUUGAGUGGCCUACUUUUGAUUUCUUUGUGAUAUUUGUGUGCAACAGGUGUUUUCAGGCACUGUUGCCUUUUCUAAGGAAGUUGUAAUGUUUUUUAUAAUCACAUAUUGUUAAAAUAGUGGUUCCAUAAUGGCUUCUCCAGAAGAAAAAAAAUCUGUUGAGAUUGUUGUCAUAAUGAUUGAGGUCCCAGUUCCUAACCCACCCCCACCAGUAGUGAAUGUCGGAAACAACUAUGAACCAUUGAGUCUUGAUGGACAUGUCGCACAUUAAUGAUCUAAUAGGCGUAUUGCGAGGGCUCCGUUUAGUGGUGGACGCUGGUGUCAAAACUCAGAUAGAAGCUUCAAGUGUACUAUGGAAUAACUCUAGCUUGAAGCAGCUACUUUCCGACUGUCCGACUAACCCACUAGCCUACAACCCUAACCUACCUUCGGGGAAAGAAUUUGUGGAAAGGGCAUUUGUAGUUGCGCACGGUCUCCGACAGUUCGCGGUGCUACAAGUUCCAAACAUGAGUGCCAACGUACCAGCUCCUGAAAUCGACCAGCAAAUGCAAGAAGAGAUUGAGGAAUUAAACAGGGAGUUCAACAGAACCUUCGAUACUCUGAAGAAGGUUCAGAACCAGUAUGGUCCGCCACCUCCGGCGCCUGCUGUUACGCCUGUUGCCCCGCCUUUAAACCAAAGCGCAAUGUCGGCUCCCAUCGAGGAGUUGCAGGAUCGCAUAGAUCAAGCUAAAUCCCGAAAGGUGCAGGACAUUAUCCAGGUAGUGGCUUCCUCGGAUCCCGCACCUGUGUGGAUAGAUACACCCAUGCCAAGUCCAAGCCCUACUGAUUCUUCGUCAUCCGCUAGCUCUCUGGGGCCUAAGCCUGUUGCUAAGAAGAAGAUCAGAGUUGCUUUGAGUGAGAAUUCGAAGCCGCGAGUGGUGCCGUCUUCGCGUAUCGGCCGAAUGUUCUCGUUCGGGUCUCUAGCUGCCGGCCUGGGUGUGGGCACCGUCGCUCAGUACGCUAGGAACACAUUCCAGUCUGUGACGGGACAAGUGGAUGAAUCAGCCAAUGCGUUCUUGUCACCGGCGAAUGCUGAGAGAAUCGUUGAUACGCUGUGCAAAGUUCGAGGUGCCGCCCUAAAGCUUGGUCAGCUUCUGAGUAUCCAGGACGAUUCGAUGAUAUCUCCAGAGCUGCAGCGCAUAUUCCAACGUGUGCGUCAAUCUGCGGACUUUAUGCCAUCGUGGCAGGUGGAAAAGGUCAUGAGUGCUCAGCUGGGCCCGGAAUGGAGAUACAGAGUCGCUAGUUUUGAAGACAAACCCUUUGCGGCUGCAUCUAUUGGCCAGGUACAUCUGGCAGUGCUGCACGAUGGCAAGGAGGUUGCAGUCAAGGUUCAAUACCCAGGCGUCGCCAAGGGCAUCAACAGCGACAUCGAUAACCUCGUUGGAGUCAUGAAGGUAUGGAACAUAUUCCCAAAGGGUAUGUUUAUUGACAAUAUAGUGGAGGUGGCCAAGAAAGAGUUGUCCUGGGAAGUGGAUUACUUGCGUGAGGCUGAAUGUACUAAGAAGUUUAAGAGGCUGCUCGCACCGUACCCCGAGUACUUCGUGCCUGAUGUCAUUGAUGAACUCUGCGCUCCCGAAGUGAUAACAACAGAAUUGAUUGACGGCGUGCCCUUAGACAAACUGUUUGACGCUGACUACGAGGUCCGAUCCGACAUCGCGUACAAAAUCAUGCAGCUCUGUUUGCGGGAGAUGUUUGUACUGCGUUGCAUGCAAACUGACCCCAACUGGGCUAACUUCUUCUAUAACCCGACUACUAAACAGGUCAUCCUGUUAGAUUUUGGCGCCACUCGCGAGUACUCGAAAGAUUUCAUGGACCAGUACAUUGAGAUCAUUCACGCGGCGUCCCGAGGUGACAGGAAGGCCAUACUUGAAAUGUCACGCGAGAUGAAGUUCCUCACUGGAUACGAAUCUAAGAUCAUGGAGGAGACUCAUAUAGACACGGUGAUGAUUAUGGGCGAAGUGUUCACGAGUGAGGGCGCUGGGGAGUUUGACUUCGGCACGCAACAGACGACACGCCGCAUCCAGGCCCUCGUGCCCACUAUACUCACGCACCGACUCUGCCCACCCCCAGAGGAAAUAUACUCCCUCCACCGCAAGCUCUCCGGAGUCUUCCUCCUCUGCUCCAAGCUCAAAAUCAAGAUGAACUGCAGGAACAUGUUCCAAGAAAUCUACGAGCAGUACAAAACCAACAGCUUCAGAUAGACCUUAGCAACCGUGGCUCAGGUGUGGUCCAGCUUCAAGUACACAAUAUUCAACAGCGAUUUCAUGUCCAGUUUUGACGUUCUCAAAUAAUUCCCAUUAAUGCAUUCGUAAUAGUCUUAAUUAAAUGUUUACGUGUAUUCAAUUCAGCGUUUAUUAGCUCAACUUGAUGGAUAUCGAUGUUUCAAUAGAUGUUUUAUCGCUGUGUGUUUAAAUUAAGGAAUGUUUCGGGUCAUAGGAACGGGUUCGUCCGAGAAAGUGGCGUCGGUACUUCGGUGGAACGUUGCGUGCUUAAUCACGAGAGCAUUGACUUGAGCAUGUAUCUCUAAGUAUCGUGGUUAUUCGCCAUUCUUUGUGCACUGAACUGGGUCAGUUCAGUGACCUUCUACCAGCGUUUCUAUGACCCGAGAUACACAAGCAUUUUAACAAGUAGGUCACAAUACACGAUUAUCGUCAACCGUAGUAUUAUUAAAUAAUCUUUUACUAAACAUAAUAAGAAAGGUAAAUUUUGUUGCUGAUUUACAACGAUACAGAUGAUAAACUGCAGAAUAUAAUAAUUUAUUUUAAAUAUAAUUUCAUCAGGAGGCAUUUUUGUUACCAAUUAGAUUUAAAUAGGUUAAGUUGUACAAUAAUGCAAUCCAUUUUGUUAUUAACAGUUUUGUUCGUAUACGUACUUUGUGAACGGGAGCGAUCUUACUUCUUGUAUCUAGGUACUAUGCGUGACUUUGCUGUGGUUUUUGUUUUGAGUAAUUAAACUAACCGUUAUCAUAGCCCUAGGAACGUAACAUAUCGCGUUUAACAAACUAACCGGUUGUGAUCACAUUAUUUAUGAAACCGAAUGUGGUAACGCAAGCUGUCUACCUAUAUUUUUAAAUUUUCCAUCUGGCACUAAGCUGUCGUGCAAUUACAAUAAUUAAACCGACGCAUUGUAACAGAAAACGUCCAUUUUUGAACAAAUUUUAUUCUACUAUAAGGUUUGACUGAUUACGAUAGGGCGGUGCAUUUUUGUGACGCCUAAUUUCAUCAAUUUCCGGGAACAUUUGUGUUAACAGAGUUAGGAUUAAGUAAUAUUUUAUUUUUUAUGGAGAUAAAAAUUAAAAAUGAAUUACAAUUUCCGCAUUC